CACUUGAAGCAGGCGGAGAAAGCUUUGGAGAGAUCUUAUAAACCGACAGGAAGAGGCAUUCGGUAUCUUAUGGCAACAUGACAUCUCUGAAGUUAAUCUUCUGCGCGCUCACGCUAUGCCGCCUUACAUGGGCUUACGUCUGGACUCCUCAAUCAGGAGAGGAGAGGUACUGGUACCCUGGCCGCUAUCCCUUGCGGACUGUAGAUGGCGUGUAUAGGCCACUCAGAACCCGUCCUGUGUACGCGCCUGCUAGCCCGUAUUUUCCGGUAUGGCCCGAUGAUAUCGUUCCUGGGAGGCUCAGACCACGUCCUGCGUUCCAGUUUGCGCGCCGCCACCACCACAAAAUAUCCAACAAGAAAAGAAAGGGCAAGAAGGAUAUAUGUAGACUCUAUCAUUCCCGAGAUCAAUUCGUCUGCUCCACCGAGUCUUCCGGUUACUACUACGACAGCACAAUGGGCCGUUGUACUAAGGUCCGCUAUCAAGGAUGCCAGCCAACUGGAAACAACUUCAAGACACUCAGAAACUGCAAGAACCAUUGUGAAAAAAAAGACAGGAAUAAGAAGCAUGCGUCUAGGGCUGUCUGCAACAAGCGUCACAUCAAAGGGAGAGCGAAGAUGUGUUUUAAGACCAAGGUCAUGUUCUUCUACAACAAGAAGAAGGGUCGUUGUGAACGCUUCUUCAACAGGACUUGCUCCCGUGCACCGAACAACUUCGACACCAUGUUAGAGUGUCAGAAAAGUUGUCACGACGCGCCACACAGACGUCGUCAUCCCCAGAGCCACAGGGUCAAAGCAGGUACCUUUUACAUCGGCUGAGACACUUUCAACAAAAGCAGAAGAAACGACGCAAGAAGAGUGAAAGAAAUUAAAAAAAUAGCAUUGGCGGUUUCUUUUUGGUCCUCUGGAGUAGUAAAAUGUGCUUGAGACACAGGCUUA